GUUGGUAGUUCGAGGAACACAUUAGAAGUUUGCAGUCUUUUCAAUGCGCACAAAUUUUAGCUUGAUCUGCCAUGUUUUCAUCAAAGACCUCCACGAUACAUAGUAGUGUCCUUCGAAGAUGUAGCGCAUUUCAAUAUGACUCACAAUUAUGACGCUCGGAGGCAGUUUUCCGAGAUGGGCACGCACUUCAGUUUCAGCGGCACGGUCACUAACACGCCAUGGUGCGCGGAUGCCUGCGCAGCCCGCCGACGGGGAGGUCAUGCAGUACGGCGGCCAAGCCGGCUUGAUUGAUCGGCGGCAGACGCAAGCAGAGGGCGUUCAGUGGUUCCUGCAGUUGGCAAAAGACCUUGCGCCAGAAUUCGAGUUCUACGAACUGCCGCGCUUUUCGAGUUGCGCUCUUCUAAUCCGACGACGCACCGCGUACGCAAGAACACCCUUCGAAGGGCUUUGGAGCCCGCUGCAGGUCCGAGCCUCCAUAUGCAGGGAAAGGGAUUCAAGUGUCGUGGACAUGCAAGACUCGAUGCCUUUGGAUGCUUUCCCCGGGAAGAGGCGGAGGGCUGUAUACUACGUGAGUAACCGUUCCUCGUAUCGAACAUUUCCGGACGCGCCGUGCGUAGUGAUGUCACCGUUGUCGUAUUCCUGCUUCGUUUUUUCUCGGUCGGGGAGAACAUCGAAGCUACGCGCGAAACCUGGCGACGCAAACGAAAUAGACCUACGUAGAUCGUUGGACGCAUUGGGGAUGUGGCUCCGCUCCGUUUACGCUUUUAAAACUCCACCAGCGUGUCUAACGGGGUCCUUUGAUGAGUUUUUCAUAAAUUCGACCAUGAGCGCUGCCCUGAGAAAGCAUCGAACAUUCUUACUCCAGUUGUUGCAGCUUCCCCUUCUGCAGAAUGUGCAUUGUCGUCGGCAAAGCGACUGUACAGCGACUGCUGCUGCUUGGAAUGCAACCUACUGUGACCGCCGAUUGUUUGUUCGAGGGCCUAUUAAGAGGGCGGACUCUCGCGUUCAGGAUGGGUUGCGGCGACUUUACUACUCUAUGACACGUAGAGGAGGGCAUGCGCUGCCCAGGAAUGCCUGUGGUAUAGAUUACUUCGUCGUCAUGCUGGAUACAAUCGAAAGUCCGACGGCUCUCGGUGGGAUUGGCGUGAUUCCCCUUGCUGCUACUAGACCGGGGUUUCUCUUAAAAGAAUCUCCGGCUGGAGAACCUGCGAUGCUAAAACAACAAGUGAUCAUGGUACUUGAUGAAAAUAACAUUAUCGUCGGGGGAGAUUGCAAGGCGCAUGCAUCCGAAUUUUUCUUCUUCUUUUCCCAGAAGCUCGUUUCCAAUCGCAAUGUACUGGAGGUGGAACUCGCAUCUUUUUUCACUAGAAUUUUCACGAAAUGGGACAAUUGCACAGUUUCGAAAGACCAUGAAAACAAGGAUGGACAAUAAUCUCCAUUCCGCAAC